AUGGCCAAGUUGCUUCAGCGUGCGGCUCUCAUUCCUAAGGUUCUAGAUACAUCACAAUACCCAUUCCCGAACACACUAUGGCUUCUAAAACCAGCUCGGGAAAUCGCCUUCAAAAGCUCAGCCAUGGUCAUCGUUGGAUUUAUUGGUAUCUUUCUGAACUCCAUAAUCCUCAUAAUUCUGAUGAGGAAUCGCUGGUUAUGGACGCCCAGCAAUAUUUUGGUUGGGAAUAUGGCGCUUGUGGACAUGCUGACGUUGCUGAUCUGCCCCUGGUUCAUGCUUGUUAGAGAUUUCUACCAGAAUUACGUAUUGAGGAAUUUCGGGUGCAGAUUUGAAGGGUUUUUGCAAGCAACUCUUCUCUUAGCCAGUGUUGGAUCAAUAAUGCUGGUAUCCUACGACAGACUGGCAGCUGCUUGCUUGACUGCAGAGGCAAGAGUAACUAAACAUUGUGCACCGAAGCUUAUUCUGAUUACUUGGAUUGCAGCAAUGGCUCUUUCCCUACCUUGGAUUAUCAAGAGGCAUUAUCAAGAAAGGCAAUGGCUAGAUUUCUUAGAGAUGUUUUGUGUGGAGGAUGUGAGCUUUUUGGAGGUUUAUUGGCAUUUUAUUCUGAUGCUGCUAGUCUGGCUUCCACUGGGUGUAAUGAUAGUCACGUACGGUGGUAUAAUAUGGCGUUUGGAAUGGAGUGCUCGUGAACUAACAUCACGGGGUGGAGGUAAGGUUGUGGUGAAAGCAAGGGGAAAAGCUAUGCGCGUGACUGCUAUGGUUUUAGUCGCAUCUACUUUGUGUAGACUACCCUACACUGUGCUUAUUUAUUGGAGGAAUAAUAUGGCUAAGGAAAUUAAUGCGGUGGAAGGUGGUUAUGAAAUAUUAUGGUUUACCGCGAGUUACCUUAUGUAUCUGAACUGCGCUCUCAAUCCUCUAAUCUAUGGCUUCACCAACGUGAGAUUUCGAAGAGCCAUGGACAGAACUCCGGGAUUGUCCUGUUUCAGAUUCGGUACUUGGUGCUGUGUCUGUUGUUUGGUUACCAGAAAGACUAAAGAUCUUGAAAAUGCAAAUAAUGAAAUAUUCGUUAUAGAAACAUCUCCAAAGCCAAAGAAGAAAUUAUCUAAUGCUAUCAAAAAUAUUCUCAACAUCAACAAGCAAACUCUGGAACUGAGUGUUCAUAUAGACGAAGUCACAACAAAACCGACCAAAGUAACGCCUAUAAGAAUUGAACAAUGCAACGAUGUAUGA